UCCGCUUCCCAUCAGGCUGGUUAAAACUGCAUUCACUUUCCAGUUACCUUCGUAAUUUUAAAACUCUGAUAUCAAAUAAUGGAAUGUUAAAAAAUGACUCUUCUUUAAAACUGCUGUGGUAUAGGAAUGAAUUAUCAAUCUGACUUGAGUAAGCUGCUUUCUCUAACUGAAGUUAUUGAUUUGGACUGCCCUGCUAUAUAAAAGGGCACAGGCACAGAUGCGCUCUUUCCACUAAGACGACAAGAUGAGUUACGGAUCGGAUCUCUACAUCUCCUCCUCCUACAGGAAGAUUUUUGGGGAGUCCCCCCGGUACUCGCCCUCCCCAUCCAGGCUGGGUACCAUCUCCUCUUCUCGGAGCUCCAUCUCUUCUAGCGGCUUCAGGUCCCAGUCUCUUUCCAGGAGCAACGCCUCUGCCCUGGGAUCUUCCUACAGGAGGACGGGACGGUCUGCCUUCUUCCCAGUGUCUAGUGAAAACCUUGAUCUGACCCAAACCUCGGUACUCAACAAUGAGUUCAAAAUCAUUCGGACCAACGAGAAACAGCAACUGCAGGGGCUCAAUGACAGGUUUGCAAUGUUCAUCGACAAGGUCCGUAACCUCGAACAGCAGAACACGGUUCUGGAGACCGAACUGGCUGCGCACAGGCAGCGGCAAACAGAGCCGUCCCGGUUAGCCGAGAUCUAUCAGCAAGAGAUCCGAGAGCUCCGAUCCCAGCUUGAGGAGAUCAACGGUGAAAAGUCGCAGAUACUCAUCGAAAGGGACAACAUUGAAGAGGACCUGCAGAAGCUAAGAGCAAAGUACGAGGAAGAGGUCAGGACCAGGGAAGAUGCCGAUCAAACCCUGAAGGUUUACAAGAAGGAUGUGGACAACGCGACCAUGGUCAGGCUGGACCUGGAGAAGAAAGUGGAGUCCCUCCUGGACGAGAUCUCCUUCCUCAGAAAGGUGCACGAGGAAGAGGUGACGGAGUUGAUGGCUAUGAUACAGGCUGCCCAGGUGUCGGUGGAGAUGGAAGUGAGCAAGCCUGACCUUACCUCUGCGCUGAAGGAGAUUCGGAGUCAGUACGAGUCCAUGGCAUCCAAAAACCUGCAGUCUGCCGAGGAGUGGUACAAAUCCAAGUUCGCUAACCUGAACGAACAGGCGGUCAAGAGCAACGACGCGAUCCGGGCGAGCAGGGAGGAGAUCAGCGAGUUUAGAAGGCAGCUUCAGUCCAGGACCAUUGAAAUGGAAAGUCUUCGGGGCACCAACGAGUCUCUGGAAAGGCAGAUCAGGGAGAUGGAGGAGAGGCACAAUGAGGAGCUCUCCGGAUUCCAGGAUGCCAUUGGCCAGCUAGAGAACGAGCUGGGGAGCACUAAGAACGAGAUGGCCCGCCAUUUGAGGGAAUACCAGGACCUCCUCAAUGUCAAGAUGGCUCUGGACAUCGAGAUUGCAGCUUACAGGAAGCUGCUGGAAGGGGAGGAAACUCGUUUCAGUGCUGGGAUCAGCUUCCCUCCUCCCAGUAUGGGCCCCAGUCUGAGCUAUGGCUAUCAGACAAAGGUCUACACCACCUCCUCCAAGGCAUCCACCAAGAAGGAUCAAAAGGAGGAAGAGCCCCCCAAGGCAGCGACGAAGGUGUCUACCCAGCAGGACACCUUCGAGGAGAUCAUAGAGGAGACUGUCGUGUCCACGAAGAAGGUGGACAAAACCAACCAAGAGGAGGCAAACCCAAGCAGCCAAAAAAACUAAACCAAGAACAAGAAUGACAAGGAAGUUUCAGAGAUGAAUUGUUCUGCAGCAUUCCCCAUAGCCCUUCCAUUCCAAUAAAUUCCAUCCAUUUGCAUUUCCAAGGCGUUUCCCUCACCUUCCUUUCCAGUCACAAGAUCCUUAUUUAUUGGACAGUGACACAACCCUUAGAAAACUAAGUAAGCACAAGUAAGAGGUGUAACAACAUGCUUCUGAUAGUCAAUACACACAUUUAAAUACGUUUCAGUACCUUCAGAGACUAUAGUAUUUCUACACAUUUACAAUAACAAUCUGAAGUGCUCAACGCAAUAAAACAUCAAAGUGGAUAACUGAUUAAAAAAAGAUAAUAGACAUCCCAUAGAUAUUAUUCCAUGACUUUCUGUCGACAAAGACAAAUAAAUCACUCUGGUUCUCUAAACUUGAGAACUUCUGAAAUAAUAUUCAUGACAUUGUGUUGGUUACCUCAAUGCACAACUGUUCAUUAAGUUUGUUUGUAUUACUGGAGCCUAUCUGUUAAUACUGCACUAACACAUUCUACAAUGCCUGUAUCACUGACAUAAAAAUCAAUAGAGUUUUUUUUUCACAACCAUGAAGCAUUUACACUCAGAAUCCUAGGAAUCACUUCUAAGGUAUUUGAUGUUAUCUUGCAAUCCAAUGUACAAUUCCUCUCUGAAACCAGUCAGAUCAAACCAUGCAAAGCCAAUGUUUCUCUUCACCUUCUCUUUAAACAACACAAGAAACCAAAACAUUAGGUGCAUGUUGUGCUGUCAUGUUUGCAUGAUUCCUCAGUGUGGCUCAUUGACUGUAUUGUCACAUAACCAUAGUACUCUUUAGAUUGCCAUGUUGUCAGUCACAGUGAAUGCAUUCAUCUCAGAAGUACAUGCAAAACUACAACUGGGUGAGAUUAAAAGAAAAAAAAAGCUCUGGUCUCUUGCACACAACACUGCCACAGUAUUUUAAAAUCCUGGUCAGAGCAUGGGCUUGUGUUGUCAAUAACACUCUGAACUGUAGUCCCCAGAUUGCAGAACCCUCCUCUUAGCCUUAGCAUUACAUCUGAUAAAGACUAGUUCAAAGAUAUAGAUAUAUUAGCCUUAAUGCAGUCUUGCAUUGUUCAGAAUCACGUCCAUGUCUAAAACAAACAUUGACAGAUUCUCCAAGGUAGUAGGCGAGGCUGAUCCAUAACAAAGAUGUCCCAUAACUUAAGGGACUUGUGUGUUUUCUAGUUAAGAUCAGAACACCACAUACAAAGAUCAGUCUUUUCCUUAACUAUCAGGUCGUGGCAGAAAUGGUCCUCAGCAUUACCUACUAAUUGUGUAUGUGUAUGUUAUAACACACCAUGUGUUAUAACAUAACUAAGGGUGCUGCUAUUCUAUGUGUGUGUAUUGAAAUAUAUCAAUUUUGGCAUCCAAAUUUGCUAGGAAUAAAUUAACCACAAGUCUAUCAAUAGCAUCCAUGUAUAAACAAAACAGUUAUGAAAAACUUAAAAUCUACUGCCGAUUUGAAAUUUGUUCAUUUGGAUCUGACUUUACAUGCAUCAAAUACAUGCUGAGCCAAAUCUGUUGUGGUGCCACUUUUGUAAUAGAAAAUGCUAGAGGAUUUAUUCAUCUCCUGCUCCAAGCCAUGCAAUAUAUCUGACCAAUGUUGUAUUUAAGCCUUAGUAUGUUUUUUGUAGACAAGUCUAGAUAAGCGUUGCUUUAGAAAAAUCUAACCACUAAGAUUGCACUGCCAAACUUUUGUACUGUAUCUGUGUCCAGCUUUCAUUAUGAUUAACAUAAACACACACACAACACGUAAAAAACCAUGCUCAAUGAAAUGCGGUAGGUUUUUAAAAUGCCUUAACAGAAGCAGCUUUCUGAGACCUGAAGAUCUGUGUGCCUACCGAAUGAUGCCGUUAAGGGUGUGUGUUUUGUUCACAUGAACUAGUAUGAAGUGAAUGAAUUAGCACUAAAAGGGUAGUGAUUAGUAGAUUCUCUUCUUAACCCCUUGUUCCUGAAUGCUGUAAGGCACACAUCAAUAAAGAAUUGGCACAAACACCCUCCCCAUUGGAUCUGUCUCCUUUA